AUGACGGCCAACCAGUUAGCGCCUGCCUUGCCGCCGCUCCGUUGCCGCUGGUCUCAUCUGCAGGAGGAGGAGCGCGACCGCCGCCUUGCUGCAGUCGGCUUGGUCGUAAAUACUCCCGAGCGCGCGUUGACCUUGCAGCCAAACGGCGACUGCGUGACACGCCAUCUCGCCGACAAGCAUGCCAUCCCGAAGCACUUGCGGGACGGCCUCUUCUUCUUCAUCCGCUCCCUAUCUCUUCCGGAUCCGAACACGCUCUCCCUCCGCCCCGACUGGUCGCCGGCCCACCCGAAUCUGGCUUCUUACCAAUCGCGGUCGGAGAUCAUCAAGCAGAAUCCGAUCGGGAACGGCCUUGAGAGUUUCUGA